AUGUUAGUUAAACAUCUAGGCAGUUGCCAUUGUGGUGCAAUUAAGUUUGAAGUCGAAGCACCUGCUGAUAUACGCGUAUUUCGAUGUAAUUGUUCCAUUUGUCGUAAGAAACAAAAUAAUCAUUUUAUUAUUCCAAAACGGCAAUUCAAAUUGUUAACUGGUGCGGAUCAUCUAACAACAUACACGUUCAAUACGCAUAAAGCUCAACAUAUGUUUUGUCGAGUAUGUGGUGUCCAGAGCUUCUAUCAACCACGAAGUAAUCCCGAUUGUUAUGGUGUUAUGCCACAUUGUAUCGAUAGUGAUACGAUAAAAUCGAUUGAAUAUCUUGACUUUGAUGGCGAAAAUUGGGAAAAGUCGAUGGAUGAGUGUGCUCAGACAGGCGAAAAGAAUCCAUUUGAUAUUAAAUAA